CGCCCCCGGAGUUACGGCCCGCCCAUGUUAAAACCCACCACCAUAAAAGGUCGGGGUCCGUUACAUUGUCCAAGAAGUUGAUAGAAGAAGUCAAAGUCGACACGCUCGUGAGGAUUCAUAUCAAAGAUCAUGAAUCGGAUGGUUCUAUGACAUCACAGAGUGAGUUAUCGCAUCACACAAGUGCAACAAUCACCGAAGAUUCGAACAAAGAUGAACAAAAAAAGUUGAUUGUUCAGAUAUUCUUCAUCACGAUCGGGUUGCUUGAAUCCGACCACGAUCAAGAUCCUCGAGAAAUGUUUGGAACGAAUCGAUAUUUUGAACGAGGAUAAAUCGCUCGUGGAAAGGUACUUCUCCCAGAUGGAAUGGCCCGGUUACAUGGGACUACAAAGUUACCUCAUCAAAAGUUUGACAUUAUCCUCCACCUUUCACCUUGCGUUCUCCAUCUUAUCUGACCUCACAAUCGCUAUUCAUUCACCCAUUGUUUCGCAACAAGAUGGUGGGGGAUUCCCCCGUAGCAUCGUCGCGUUACUCCCGUACCUCGCGCUAAACUUCAACAAUCCCGAUGUAGCGUGCUGCGAGUGCGCGCAAAACAUUGCGCAAAUAUGCGUUGAGCAUUAUAAAAGCAAAGUCAAGUUACAGUCUCUUGCCCACGUGAUGAGUUUGUACGCAAACAAAACGUACAACAAGACCCCCCAAACGUGGGUGAGCGUGGUGUGCAAAUAUACGGCCGAUACUUUUCCGGACUUCAUCAUCCACCAGUUGCUCAUAUUGACCGAGAUCCUUGGGAAAGGCCCGCAAUCGAUGAAUGGACCUUGUCUACAAGUGUUGUUCAAUUUAUUGUCGUUGUCGAGCGUUUUAUCGAAUGAGGAACACACGACGAUUAUCAACAGCGUGUUGUGUGUUGUGUACGAACAUCUGCAUGGCAAGGAUUGGAACGAAGCUUUGAAUAUUCUGAAACUCGCUGUUUCACGAUCGUCGCAUCUUGUACUGCCUGCCACUCUGUCCCCACAUAAAGUUGUCGGCGCCACAAGCACUCAGUACGAACUACCAGGGUUGACGUUGUCGUUUGAUUUCGACCUCAAUAAUUUAAAGAAGAACGAAAAAGAGCGGAACGUCGGCAAAAUCUUCUCAAUGAAUGUUUAUGACUAUCGUACGAUGGAGCCGAUGGUGAGCAGUUGGCAUCAUCCGGUCCCCUCGCAAGUAAAUACACGAGAACUCGUGCGUUCAACCAUCAACGCUUGUUUCUCAUCAAAACUUACAGCAGCCAAUGAUAAAACGAAUGAAAUUGCGAAGAACGAAGAUAUGCUGAAACCACUCAACCACGCAACGGAAUCGACCAAUCACAGCCAACCUGAUAAGAUGAAUUCGUCGAGGGAAGACGUUAGCGUUGUAGACGACCCAAGCUUCGGAGGAGUGCUGAGGGAUUUUGACUUCCUUAAUGAACUGGAGGUGGAGGGUGAGAGCAACGAUACAUUCAACACUGGUUUGCAUUGGAAUCGUGCAAAUAAUGUGACAACCACAAGUGACGGUGGCAACCAGUUUGAGGAGCCACCGGAAGAAUACGACCUCACUUCAGUGGUUUGCCACGAGAAUCCUGAAGAUGAGUACGUUGGUUCCGCUUCAUCGAGUAUGUCGUCCAUGGCAACCAUGAGCGAACGUCACGACGAUGAACCGACCACAAUGUUGUUCGUACCACCCGCUAGUCCAUUCAAACAAAGUGAAGAUUACUACGUUGAUUCAAAAAGUUCAAGUUUGGAUUCAUUGUUGGUUGAAAACAUCGAAGACAUUCCGCACGAAGUCGAAAACAAAGUCGUUGAAAAAGAUUUGUCGAGCAACUCCUCGAGGUGGUUCAAAUAUUUGAACACAUUAGCCACAGAUUGUCCCGGUGACGAGGUGUCCCAAGUAUUUCUAAUAUUCCUCCCUCUCUACCAAGAACUUUGUUACGAGUUCAAUGUUUUGAGUAAAAGCAGCUGCAAGAACCUGGGUUCGAAACUCGCAAACAUCGCGGCGCAUUUUAGUUCGAUGCUGGACGAGCUCCCCAAACAACUGGAGCCCCCGUUAUGUUGCGCAACCACCAGCACUCUAGCGCCAGUAGUGGAGCAACUUAAACUGGAAAUAUUUGAAAUCAACAAAAUUAUUGAAUUUUAUCGAGAGAAAGUUUUUGACGCAUACAGUUGCCUUGAUAAAGUGAAUCAACUUAAAGAGGAAGAAACAAAUCUUGUGGAUCUUGAGUGUCAGCAACUUAACUUGUGCCAACUUUUGUACAAACUGCAUUUUCAACUUCUUUUGAUUUUCCAAAGUUUUUGUAAAUUGAUUCGAAUCGUUACGACCAGCAGUCCCGAGAACAAAGACAUGUCACACAACAUCGGUGAAAUUUACGAGGAAUUAAAGUAUGAUGUCUAUGUUGAGGAUGAGGGACCAGAAGUUGAAGCAGAAAUGCGCUCAAUGACUUUGGAUGAAGCAUCACUGUGUUUACAAACUACUUUGGUUGAAAGGAAUUUUCAUCUCGCGAAUGUUCAAUUAAAUGUGUUAAGACACCUUAGGCCGGAUCGACUGUUUGGUUUCCCUGAAGAUUCAAAAACUAAUUAUUUGACGCAUCGUUAUUUACAACUAACCAUGGAUGACAAGUGUUAUGCUGUGUUGGGACGGAACGACAUCGUACAAAGCACCAGUGUUUGUAACAAACUUAUGGAGGUCAAUUUACAAAUUCAGAGUUCGUUGAAAUUAUUGGACGUGGAACCCAACGAUGAAGAUGGGAGAAGGAACAAACAUACUUCGUUCUAAUGUUUUGUGCCUUUAUACACCAUACACCAUACAUGGUGCUAUUAAAACAAGAGUAAUAUAAACUUUGUCGCAUAGAAAUUAUGUCGGAUGUGUGUUUCCGGUUAUAUGACGUCACAGUGAAUGUACGGGGCGUCACAAUGUAGCGAUUAAUUGACGAAUCGCGGCGCUGCGUUGUAUUAUGACGAUGAGCUUUUUGUGGUGAACAAACUGUUUACAAACACAUUUAGUAUGAGCAAUUCGGGCGCAGUUAAAUGAAUGUAACUUACUUAUUCUCGCAUGGCGGGCAACAACAGUCGUCAUAACACUGGUACACCGUUUUAUACACCAGUCACCACGUAUGUAACUUUGUCGGUGAGUAAUAACCCGUGGGAGCAAAUUACGUCAAUCAAAUAUAUUUGGCGUUAAGUUCACCUGUCUCCCAACUUUUACUUUCCUACAUACUUUGGAUGAAA